CAGGAGGCGGGAAGUGCUGGCGGAAAUACGCUUCGUGAAUACAGGGGGCGGGUUUGAAUGGUGUAACUGAGGGACCGUGUGCCGUUUGCAAUAUUCGAGAGCGGCGCAAGACGUUCCGAGGCUUGCUACCCAAAACCGCCAGGCGUGGUUCUGCCUUGCCCGGAGGGGUGACUGUGGCUGCAUGGCGCGCUGUGGGGGAGACGCCGCCUCUGGAGGGACCCGGGAAGGAAGAGGGAGAGGCGGGGACAAGGGUGUCUUGGAGAGGCGGAGACUGAAGGAGAUGGUGGCCCGGCAACUAAGUCAGGAUGUGAACAGGCUUCUAAAAGAGGAAAUUCAAACUGACAUAAUUUUCUGUGUUGGAAAUACCCUAUUUAAAGCACACAAGGCUCUGCUUUCAGUGAGAGUUCCCAACUUUUUUUCACACAUAGCUGGAGGAGCAUUCAAUAACGCUAACACUUGUAAAGUUAUCCAUCUGGAGAAUGUGGAACCAUCUGAAUUUAAAAGAUUCCUGCAGGUUGUGUAUUCAUCUGAUAGAAAUGUGAAAGAGGCCGAGCAAGUGAUUCUCCAGAAAAAGAUAUCACAGACUAGAUUAAUUCAGGAAGAUGAAAGUCUUAAAUUCACCAAUCUACAUGAUGAUCCAGAUCAUGGAAGGAUAUCUGGUCCUCAGAAUUUCCCAAGUGGAGCUGUGGAAACAGCAGCUGUAGCUUCUUUUAUUGCAAAUGAAAUUUCUGAAGAAACUGUUGAUGCUGAAGGCAAUGUGACUGUGUCAGAUAAUUAUAAAGGAGAAACCGCAUCUGAUUUAGGAAAAGAGUUGUUGAUGCUCUACGAGAAAUCUUGGUUUUCAGAUAUUACUAUCUGGAUUGAUGGAAAACCGUUUCAAGGGCACAGGGCCAUUUUAUGUGCCAGAUCUAGUUAUUUUUCUGCUAUGCUGAAUGGGAGAUGGGCUGAAAGCAUUCAAGAGCACAUCACUCUUCAAGGCAUAAACCAGGUAGAAAUGACUGUUGUUCUGAAUUUUAUCUAUGGCGGAAUUCUGGAUUUUCCAAAUAAAGCAGACGCUGGUUGCAUCUUAAGGAUUGCAGACAUGUAUGGAUUAGAGGGUCUGCGAGAAGUAGCAAUUUAUAUUCUGAAAAAGGACUACUGCAACUUUUUUCAAAAGCCUGUCCCUGGAAAACAUCCGCCUGUGAUGGAAUGUCUGGCUAUUGCUCAUUCAGUAGGAAUAGAAAACUUGUAUGAUUCUUGUAUGAAGUGGCUAGUGAGGCAUUUUGUAAAAUGUUGGUCAGAGAAGAGCUUUGCCAGUUUACCUGCUGAAUUACAGAAUAAUUGUCUAAGAAUAUUGAUCCACUCUUUGAGUCCACAGAACGCAGCCCAUCUCCUGAUGGAAACCGACCGACUGAUUGGUAGCCUUCCCCACGUAAAAUGGACUGAAGCAGCUCUUGCCUUAGCAUCGAAGCUGCAAGAAGAGUGUGUGGCAUUUAUGGUGGCGAAUUUUCCCCAGCUAAUACAGAGUGAGAACUUCUUCACCUUGUUACAGGCUCAGGCCAUGAGCAGCAAACCUGACCUUCUCGAUAGCGUGCUUGAGGCCGUUGAGAAGAGCAUUAACACUGAGAACAGUUGCCAUCUUCUGGUAGCUAUGGAUGAUUUGUUGAGUUCUGCAAGUGUGAAAGAAAUGGGGUUUACGUGCAAGAUACAGGCUCUGCGUGAUAAGCUGUGGAUCUUCCUGGUUCGGUCUUUUUAUGCUGUUCGUCACACAGAGAGCUGGAAGCUGCUGAAGGCAGACGAUCAGCAGAAAAUACAAGCAGCUGCUUUUGACAAAGGUGAUGACAGAAGACCUGCCAAAAAGCCAGUGUUCACUAGUUCUCAGUUGAACAGGUGCAUUUCUGACCCUUUUGUAAUCAAAUCUACUUCUUGGGAAGCCGUCCGAAAGAAGAACUGUUGGGGCAGUUCUUCCACUAAUCAGGAUAAAAUGAAAUCCGAUGGAUUAGGAGCAUCUGGACACACAUCAGCUACCAACAGGAGCAGCACUAAUAAGGCUUUGAAACAUGACGAUUUAAAGGGGAAAGAGGGUAAAAAAACAGGUUGCAAGAUUACAAAAGAGUCCAAGAUGGGGGAGAAAAUGCCAUCGCCAAAGGCUAGAGCUGUUAUAAAGCCAAAAACAGAAAGUAAUGGAAACAUUAAGGGUGAAGGUAUGCUUUCAAAACAAGAUUCUGAGCGCUCUUUACCUGCGGGUGGCCACAAAAAUACAGGAAGUGGAAAAGCCAUGAAAAAUCAAGAAAGUAAAACUGCAGGUGCCCGACCAAAAACACAUCCUGGAAACUCAAGUGUACAGAUUAAAGCAAAACCUUUGAAAAAAGCCACAGGAAAGGAAUCUCCUUCUCUUCUUACGGGUACGGGAACUCUAAGCAAAUCAGACAAUUCUAGCACAGAUCUACAGAUGUCCAUUGAACAACUAGAUGAACGCAAGGAGGAAAAGUUACCAGAUGAAGGCAAAAAGCACCCAGCUUUGAAAACAAAGUCUGCUUUGAAGAUGACUAAUGGAGCCCCUGCUAAAAAACAUGUGAAUGAUCUUGAGGCUAAUAUUUCAAUAAACAGUGUUAUGAAGAAAUCUAUUGGAAAAGGUAGCAGUGAGCACAUACCACAAGCAGUUUUGAAGAAAAAGCGAAAAGAAGCUGGCUGUUCUACUGUUCAACAAAAGACUAACAAUGCUAAUGCUAGUAAAAACCAAGGACCACAGGGAGAUUCACCAAAUCCAUUGAAGCUUGGACUUUCUCCAAAACAAAAUGAAGAAAAAGAUAUGGCACAACUUUUGACAAACUCAGACAAGCAAUGUUUGUCAAAGAAAAAAUCUAAAUCAGCACAAACUGCAUCAGCUAAUGCUACUGCAAAAAUAAUAGUAGUGACAUCAAAAAACCAGACCCAUUCCAAGAAGAAUGAAAUAGUGAAUAAUAAAGACCAAAAACAGAAAGUGGUUGCUGGGCAAUCAGUAUUAAAGCUGCAGUCUGUAAGCCAGAAGCAUCCCAAAAGUGAGUCACCUGUUCACAAGAACAUUCAUGGAGAAAGGCAAAAAAGUUCAAGUCAAAAACUUGAGCACUCUGCCACUUUGGGAGGUCAACUGCACAAUAGCAACAAAUCCAGCCCAGGGAAGAAAAAUAAUAGUGAAGUAUGUACAGUAGAAGUAAAUAAAAAUGACACACCUGAAUUAGAAAAAGGACAUUUGGAGUCCCCUUAUGUCACAAAGAGGAAUGUGCCAAGGGAACAUGAAAAGGAAGAACAGUAUAUUUGUAAGGAUGAUAAAUCUCCAGUGAUUAAAAAUAAUGAAGAAUGUAACACUAUUGAUUUGUGCUGUAUCGAAAAGCAUAAGAAUACUUUGUGUGAGAACGAUAGCGAGAAUUUUACCACCUCGGUUUCAAAAGAGGAAAUACUAAGAUGCAAAAAGGUUCUUGGUUCCCACAAUCCUUUGAAACAUUCAGGAGAAAAUAAGAACCAAGGAAAAUCAACUGAUUAUAAAUAUAAAAGUACCUCAGAAACUGAAAUUGCUGUUAAUGAUAAUUCAUCACACAACUUAUCUGAAGCAGCCAAUGACAGCUCUAAUUCUGAACAUGAAGAAAAUAAGUCUUCUAAAGCCUGUGUGGUUGGAUCCGAAAGUGCCGAUGAAUUCUCUGACAAGUCCGCUUUGACCGAAUCACGGUCUGCUACAGUAGAAUCCGACAUCGCUUCAAAAUCUUUCCCAGUACACAUCACAGAAAAAUGCUCAUCGAAAGACACAGAUACCACCGAAACACCAGAGAGCCAUGAAAACUCAGAAGCUCCUUUUACAGAUCAUUGGAACUUGAGUUCCAAUGAUCCAAAAGAAAGCCCUGAAUCUGACACUGGCAGUGCAACAACAUCAUCAGACGAUAUAAAGCCAAGAUCAGAAGACUAUGAUGCUGGCGGAUCUCAGGAUGAUGAAGGAUCAAAUGAAAGAGGGAUUUCAAAAUGCAGCACUAUGUUAUGCCACGAUUUUCUUGGAAGAAGCAGCAGUGAUACCAGUACACCUGAAGAACUAAAAAUCUAUGAUACUAGUUUAAGAAUUGAAGUAAAAAUGAAAAAGGAGAACUCUGAUCUCUUCCGGGUUAUUUCAACAAGUGAUGACGAGAUCCCUAGAAGAAAGACUGAAACAUGGUCACAUCAAGACGAGAGGAAAAGUGGCCCCAAGGGGAAUACUAAUUUUGCGACUGUACAGUUUCCUCAAGAAGGAGAUCAGGCGUCCUCUUCAGCAGAUGAAACAGAAGAUGAAAAAUCUGAAAAUGAAAAUGUUGUAGAAAACCUGCCUUCAUCAGAGCUUCCUGUUCAGCAGUUCCAUGGAAUAGUGAAUCUGGCUUUUGAAGAUGCAGCAGAAAAUGAUAUUGAAAGUCAAGAGUUUUCUGCAACUAAGAACUUUAAACGGUCUGUGUUACUUUCAGUGGAUGAAUGUGAAGAACUGGGAUCUGAUGAUGGCGGAGAAGCCCAUGCGUGUUCUGUGGAUGCUGGAACACCCUCUGAUGUGUUUGAUGGUGUUUCCCAUGAACACCAAGGAAAAACGUAUUAUUCAAGAUAUUCAUUAGAAAUAGAAGAUGGAUUUCUGGAAGAACAUAAUAAGGGAACUGAGAGCUGUUCUGUAGGUCCUCAAGACAGUGAGCAAAAAGCAAAGGAUAACCUGAGUACUUCAGCCACAGAAGAAAAGUAUUCAGAAGAAAAGUAUUCAAAGAAUGUAGGAAACGGCUAUCCUCUCACUGAAGACAACAAUGAAAAUGGCAAGAAUGAAGAGAAUAAUGAACUUCAGUGCAAUAAACUUAUUGACAGUGACCCAAAAUCUCAAGGAAGGCCUUGUCACUUGGAUCUUCAUCAGAGAGAUAAUACCGAGUUGCAAAAGAGCAGCUCCACAAAACCUGUAGAUUCCUGUAAAAAUCAGUCACUGAUUCAGAAAAGUCACAUGAAAGAAAGUGAGCCAGCAUCUACUGAAUACUCUAACUCUGCUUUAUCUGCAGGAGACAUAGAUGAUUGUGACAGAUUGACACAAACCUGCAUGUAUGAGCAUCGGCCUCCAAAAACCCUUUCUCCAAUAUAUGAGAUGGAUGUUGGAGAAGCUUUUGAGCAGAGGAUGGAGUCGGAAGUGAGCAUUCUUGAUGUGGAUUUUGAAGAUCAGCAGUUUGCAGAACAGGACUGGACUCUUCUCAGGCAAUUGUUAUCGGAUCAGGAGACAAACCUGGACAUCAAAAACUCUGUCCCAGAAGACCUUAACUUAGCACAAUAUCUCAUCAACCAGACACUAUUUCUGGCACGAGACAGUUCACAACCUCAGGGUAAAGCACAGAUUGACACUUUCAGUAGAUGGACUGAACUGAUAUCUCCACUGGAUGAUUCUUCAGCAAGUAUCACAGUGGCAAGUUUUUCCUCUGAAGAUUGUUCUUCCCCUCAAGGGGAAUGGACAAUUCUUGAACUAGAAACCCAUCACUGAGGUGAUUAAUCGCUUGAGACAGGACUUCUUCCACCCCUCUUCUUCCCCCUAUACCUCUGCAGAUUAAUAUUUGAUGCAAUAUUUCCAUACAAUAAUAAAUAUUGCAUCAGUCAAGAAUAGUCAGUCCUUGACACUGAAAUGAUCUUUCCAUUAAGUGACCCAUUUCUAACUAAGAUUUAACUGCAGGCAAAAUAAACUUUUGGGAAUUUGUGGAUGUUUUCUAGAAACUAUUUUUGAGCAUGUCUUUUCUUUAGAUUCCUUUCCUAGGAAAACUAGAUGACCGAAGGAAAAAAAGGCUUUGUUUAAUCUUUCUCUUGUUAUUUGCCAUUUGCUCUUGUUCCUGGAUGCUCAAGAAAUUAAAAUAUGAAUGCAGAAUAAGUAGUGCUGUCCAUUUUCCUCCAUCGCUAUCCAUAUAGUGACUUUGUGACUUCUUCCAAGAUACAAGAUUCACAGUGUUUGUGUCAAAGAUGUGUGCCAACGGUACUUUAAAUACUAGAAAUGUGUUUGCAUUUGCAGAAAAGGUUUUGAUGCGACUGUUUUUGAACUGAUUUAUAAAGAGCAGCAUGAUUGGUUCAUUUUUGCCAGAUUGAUUUUGUAUCUUUUUUUGAAAAUUCAAUAAAUUUCUAAAUUUGUUUCUUUAAAUCUAAGCCUGCACAGAUAUUGCUGAAUGGGAUACAUACUGUUUCUUUUGUAGGAAGAAAUAAAUCAUUAUAAUGUUAAAUUUAAAAAA